AUGAAUGAGCGCAGAGAGCAUCCUAAAUCCAAGUACACGGCUAGCACCACCCUACCGGUGGACUCGUUAGAAUUGCAAAGACAACCUGCCAAAGUGAAGGCCGAGGAUGUUAACUUCAACAAGAGUUCGCCCAAACGAGCCGGCAGACGCCGGUCUUCAUUGGAGCGUGCUCUGGCAAGAGACGCUCGUCAACUCAAGACCAAAUUUAACGAAAAGCACUGGUUUGGUGGUGGCAGCGACAAAGGCGAUACUGGCAUCGUCAAGAAGAAUUCUGGGACCGAGCGUCAGCCGGUCGUCGGAUCGCAGAACACUACCAAUGCAGAAGUUUCGCCUCUGCAGCCCACCUCUCAGGUAGGCGUCAUUAAGACAGGGGAAACUGCGGGGACUGGUGCACUAGACAAGGACAAGGUCCAAACAUCAGUCACAGACGCUUCUGAAGCUGGAGGAAUAGUCCCAAUCACCGCGGUAAGCGCUGAUAAGGGUGGCCAUGCCAAAGCAUCGAGUCCAGUCACUAAAGUUAUUGCGGAUAAGGGCGACCGAGACAGGACGUCAAGUCCAGAGAAUCUGAAAGACGUGACAAUUCCAGGGUCGUAUUCUGACGGUACCACAGAAAAGUACUCUACGCCCAAAGGCGACUACUUUUUUAAAAGGGACGAAGCGGCUGCGCCGAAGAUGAUGGAGUCCUUGGAUCCGCAUGACAAACCAGCUGCUUUGCAUACCGCAUCUGCUCCCCAAGCGGGCGGUAUGCAAGAAACGAAGCCAGCAAAACCAUUUGAACGGUUGGAAGCCCAUGACAAUGAAAUUAAUCCUCCUGGACCCAGAAAGGCCAGUUUGACUCAGGAUGAGGAAGAAGGUUAUGAGGAGUAUAUGCCCUACGGGCAAGGAUCUGAAGACCCCGGCGCCACUUGGAAUGCAAAGAGGGCUGAGCAACGUCGUAAAUCGAGCGGCGAUUCAGCGUCAUCCAACAUGGAUCCCGAGAGUUCUCCAGAGAGCCCUCGCAACAGGUCCAGAAGCUUCAGUUUGGGUAGCGCAGGCGCGUUUGAGGGACUCAAGAGAAGAAUCUCCAGAGGGUUUUCACAUUCCUCUAAUAACGACGAAGAAGGGCUACCUGAAGAUGACGGCGUGGUGGUCCACAAAGAUAGCAGUGUUGUCAUUCACCCCGAGGGCUAUGCCGUGGUCGAACCCAGAAAUGACUCUGAAGGUCGGUCGUUCUUCUACAAUUUUAAAGACGCGUUGGACUCUGUUCACGUCAAGAACAGAGGGGAGCAUCCCGUGAGAGACAGGUACGGGAGAGUUCCUCAACCCUCGUCUCGUCGCGGCAGCACUAAAGACAUGUCUGACACGGAGCGUAAGAACUCGAGGAAAAGCAGCGUGGCGGAGAGUGGAACAGGCAGACGCAAGAGCAGCGUGGCCGAAAGCGGAUCAGACAGACGCAAGAGCAGCAAUGCAGAUGGGAGUUCGGGCAGACGCAAGAGCAGUGUGGGUAUAAGCGAUGCCGAAGCUUUCAGAUCUCUGUGUGCGAAGCCCAACCCUAACCAGAACGUCAACACCCCCAUUGUGCCUGUAUCAGAGGAGAGCGGGUCGUAUGCCAAGCAAUUUGGCGAGGGAAAAAGCAUGAUUGAGGGCAAUAUGACCACGUAUGGGGCUGCAGCUGCGCGUAAAAAGAGUGGUGGCGCCGAACUGGAAGGAAUGGCUCCUCAAGGUUAUGUGACGCAAGGAUACGAAGGCGUGCGCAACGUUUCGGUGGGGUCAGCACAGCACGCUGAAGACAUGCACAACUUGGCGGCGGCAGCAGCCUCCGCAGCAACAGCUAAACGUGUAAUUUCUGGACCUCAGGCUGUUCCAAGAAGUAUGACUGCUGAAGAAAUGCAGCAGGUGAAGGCCGAGACGCGCCGGGAAGUCGGACAACAGGAGAAACUUGCACCAAAAGUUCAAGGUAUUCAACCUACCAAAGAACGGGCCAUUUGA